AUGUCUGUGCAGGGGCAGACAUAUUCGAGCUGCGAGGAGCAAGCCUCUGAUUGGCUCUCAACCAACGUCGUGCAAGGUGACGAUGCACUGGAGACUCACUCGCUCGCAUACAUCGCCCCAAAGCCAUCCAUGUUGGACGUGAGGGCAUCCGGGCGCAAUCCCCGGGCUACUCGCGCUUGUGCACGAUGUCGCAAGCGCAAGAUCAGGUGCGACUUGGCGUACCCUACUUGUGGAACAUGUGCUGCAGUCGGCGUCGACUGUAUGGGGUUUGAUGCGACCAAGGGAGAAGAGCAGCCGCGGAGCCUUGUGGCUUUCCUGGAGAACAAAGUAGCCCACUUGGAGAUCGAAUUGGCCAAGCUACAAUGUCACGCUGCGGGCGACCAGAGUGUUGAGCAAGCACUCAUACCGGGAGUUCUGUCACAGUACAGGAGCCAAUUGCUAGCAUCGAUAAGUUUGAGAAAUGGCUGUGACCGUGCGUACGAUGCUGGCUACAAUACGGAGUCGUGGCGGUCAGUUCCAUAUAUUUCACCGUCGCUGCUUCCCACGUUAGACCCCGUGCGCGAUCCGGCGGCGGUGGAUGUACCUACACUUAGAGCUCGGGCUGUAGCCCAGAGAAGGGAUAUAGCGUCAAUUCCUCGCAAUGUGGUUGACAUUAUGCUGAAACACUACGCCGAUUUCUACUUGGCGCAGUACCCGAUUGUUGAUGAAUCGGAACUUGUAGAGCAAUGCAACAGAGUAUACGACAGAACUGCGACUCAAUUCGACUUGUAUGUUGUGUGCAUGGCUCUCUCUAUCAGUGCACACACCUUGAUCCGACAUGAUCAGGAAAGAGCAACGAAAGCCGCAGAUGAGUUCUGGGAGACGGCAAUUACGAGUCUCGACUCCGUCUUGGAACAGGGACCUCUGGUGCAGCUACAGGCAAUCAUGUUGCUUUGUCAUUAUGGCUUCGCUAACCCAUCCGUUGUCAACUCUGGUCUGUGUUCUCGAGCAGCCAUGGCGCUCUGUGUGCAACUUGGUCUACAUCAGGAACCCUCCGCGGUAAACCUUCGUCGAUUCAUUAAUCUGGAAAGCCAACGAAGGAUAUUUUGGACGUGCUAUGUUCUAGAUGCUCAGAACAACAUGUUGACUGGUAAACCGUCUAGUGUUUUCAAUGUCAACAUCUCCGUUCGUUAUCCCACCUUGAAAAACAUCGAGACCGAACAUGGGGUCAAAGCUGCCCUCGCAAACUAUCUGUAUGCCUUCAGACAGUUAGAGGCAGAGAUAACGUUGGGGAUGCUACACGCGGAAAACUGCGGGGAUUCGCGAAUCGCUGCACCGGAGUGGCUUAAUGACGCUCGAGCCCGAGCAGAAUCCUGGCGAGAGAUGCUAGACUGUCACCAAUUUGCAUGUAGAAUAGAGUUUCGAUAUCUCAUGUAUAACUAUCAGCGAAUGCGGCUGAAUCGUCUCUCUCCAAGAUUGCCCAACCCAUCUAAUGCAAUGCGUCGCGAAUGCAUGGUUGCGGGAAUAUUCAAUGCUUCUGAAUAUUGUCGCUUUUCACAGCAGGGGAGUUUCUUUUACUGGCAUUUCUGCUGCUGGCAUUUCUUCGAAAUAGGAAUUGUUCUUGUUGAGGGGACGCAUACUGGUCUUGAUUUGAUAUGGCGACAUCAAGAAUCCUUCCUGGAUCCAACAAUCGCUGUGCAGAUCCUCAGGCUCAUGCACGCCAUCCCUAUGGUCUUGAAUAAAAUGUUACAUCGAUGGCCACAGGUCAAGCAGAUGAUACUUGAGCUAGAAAGACUGUUCAAUCCCGCGCUACGCCGUCUAGAUCAAUUUGUUGCCGGAGAGACCGUCAACAUGGAAUCGUCGAAUGACGAGGCUGUUGCUCGUCAAGUAUUAUCUAUCAGACGGUAUCUUCUAGGUGGUUGUGAUUUGAAUGUUCGGGACGACCAAGAGAGACGUUCAGUCUCGUAUCAACAAGUUGGCCAGCAGGUAUCCGCACUUCAUAGCCUACAGCCACCCAUUGCAGAAGAAUCGCCGACAGUAGAAGAAGUUCUCCAUGUGCUGCAGCCCAGCAGAAACGAUGGCAACGGCAUGUGGCCUCAUCCCUCCGCUAUUGAAAACACUAUCAUCGACCCAAGACCAAUGAUUGACUCGAACCCUCAACCCGAUGAGGCCAGUGCUGCUCCCGAAUAUGCCUGCCGCCCGGGCCAGACCGAUAAGCAAUCCUCGGACUUUAACCCGAUCCAACAUCACUGCCUGCGUCCGCUGUCGCCAACGGAAGCAGAGAUGCGAUCAGAAUCUUCCGGUGCGGAAUCAAUAUGUGGCAAUUGUGCAAAAGCGGGUGUUGAGUGCGUCGGCUACGAUGCGGUAGCAAAGAGACAUGUGCCGCGGAGUUACGUUCACAGCCUGGAAGAGCGAAUAGCUUUUCUCGAACUUAAGCUGCAAAGAUACGGCAUUGACAGCGACUCCGAUCAAAACGAGCAACAUGAGAGCAUCACGCAUGAAGGACCCGUGCAAACUAUCCCAGCCCCUGAAAGCGUGAUACAACCAGUAUUAGACGCAAAGUUCAAAGAUCAGUCGCAAUCUUUGUCAAGAAUGCUCCGUUUCGAGACUCGCACUGACGAACACUUCAAUAAACUACUCUUCGCGGAGCUACACAGGACCGAAGUAACUCUUGAUAUAGUGCAGGCGCUGGAGGGACAGAGCGAACCCACGCCAUUAUUACCAUCGACAAAAUACGUGGAGUUUCACGUGCCUCACAACCUCGAUGCUGCACCGGUGUCCCUGCCAGAAAAGCGAGUCGCUGAACACUUGACUGUUGUAUAUUUUGAAUUUGCAAACUUUAGCUCACCCGCUCUUCAUGAACCAACAUUUCGCACAAACCUGGAACUAUCUUAUACAUAUUUGGGACGGGAGCCUGUCGAUGAUCUCGGCGUUGAAAAGAAUGACCGCAAAGAAAGGCUUGCGGUUGCCUACUCCUUCUUAGUGUUCGCUGUGGCGCUGCUAACGCUACAAAAGCACGAUGCCACUGGUGUUCCGACCUCUCUGUGCGAGCGAUACUAUGCAACAGCAUUGCGUUCGCUGGACGACAUCGGACUUCCAGCUGACAUCGAAGGGAUUCAAAUACUCUUACUAAUUGCUCAAUAUUCUUCCCUUCACCCGAGCGUUUUCUCUACCUGGAAAACAAUCGGAAUGGCUGUUCGGUUAGCUGUUGAAUUGGGUCUUCAUCAGGAAGCCCCUGCUGGGAAGUUUGACCCAUUAACCUUAGAUACUAGGAGAAGGGUAUUCUGGGUUGUAUACUCCAUGGAUAGAACUGUUGGUUCGAUAUUGAAUCGACCGUUUUGUCUUUCAGACGGGGCAAUUACCACCCAGUUUCCGAGCCCAGUUCAAGACGAUCUGAUUACGGUUGAGGGUAUACACGACCAAGAAACUGGCGCAAUCGGAAAGAAAGCGUUUAGCCUUCACUACUUCCGAUACCGUCAACUUCAGUCCGAGAUUCAAAUUACUCUCCACGAACACAGACCUGCAGCAUAUCCUUCAAUUAAUUAUACCAUGUGGCAACAAGACAUGCAUAGACGAUUACAAGAAUGGAAGUCCUCAAGUCCCCGCCCUCAUAGCAGUGCGCCCCCAAGCAACAUUGCUCCUCCCGAGGUCCUCAAUCUAGCCUACCAUCAAGCCGUUAUAACUCUCUACCGAUCGUCACCUAUCAUACCCCAGCCGUCUGAAUAUGCGAUGGUGCAACUUGCAGAGUCAGCUUCUGUCUUUAUUAGGCUUUAUCGCCAACUUCACCGAGAAAAUAAACUUCGACUCUUCUGGCAGGCCGUUUACAACCUUUUCGCUGCUGGUACAGCGUUACUAUAUUGCUAUUCACAUUCGCCUCUAGUGCGGCAAAGGCUAACCCUCAGAGCGGUGGAAAAAAGCGUACACUCCUGCUCAGCUGCGCUUUGGGCCAUGGUUGAAAGAUUUCCUGCGGCGAAGGGCAAACGAGAUGCAUUUGAUGUCAUUUCGUCAGCUGCACUUGAAGCGGUUAGCAAUGCUGCCGGUGAUUCUCUUCCUCGUCAUGAUGGCUCUUCGAGCUCUGUAUCUGCCUCUCCGCCUUCAAUAAAUAAUGAGACGCUAGAAAGAAGACGUGUAGUGCCAGCUAUACACGAAACAAGAAAUACCACUCAUCCUUCAAGACGGGAUAAUUUCAUGGGGUCUCUCCCUUCCGAAACUGAAACUGGCCUACCCCCUCCGAUAUUGUUCGACCAGACUAAUAUUAGUGGCAGUCGGAGUAGUGAUGAUGAAAUCAAUGAAAUGACUGUAGAUCUUCCCUGGGCUCCUGCAGGAGAUGACUUGUCGUUUGUUGAUUUGAGUAUUAUCCGAGAUCCCGGUAAUCUGUCACUGUCUACAUGGGUUUAG